CUCUCUUAAUCUUCCUGGCAGAUCUGGAGGUUCUCUACUGGAAGCACAUGAAUGAGCGCUUGGCUGCCCAGAAGAAGCUGCAGAGGAGGAUGCAAUAUCAGCUGCAGGCCGAUGCCUUUGAGGAUCCGGAGGCCCAAGAGGAAGAGCGGGAGGAGGAAGAGGACGCCGUGGACAAUCCUGUGGUAGAUGACUUCCUGGAGGAUGAAGAUGGUCCCCCAUUAGAAGCCCCUGAGAUGGCACCAGAGGGCAUGAUGGAUCCUGAUGGGAUCCCUUCUUCCCUCAGCUAUGAGGAGCUGGUACGGAAGAACGUGGACCUGUUCCUCGCCCAUUCCCAGAAGUACGCCCGAGAGACGGUGCUCUCCCGACGUGUGCGGGACUGGGAAGAGAUGAUGGGGCCACAGCUGGAGGAGCAGGAAGCACGGGUUGCCUUUGACAUACACAACUACGGGGACCUGGUGUCCAGCUUGGGCUGUGUGGGAGAGGGGCGCUCCUUCGCCAGCCUAGUGGCUGGGCAGCCGGCUUUUGAGGUCUGCCGCUGCAUGCUGGCAUCCCUGCAGCUCGCCAACGACUACACAGUAGAAAUCUCCCAAAAGCCUGGCCUGGAGGAAGGAGUGGACACCAUGGCUCUCCGUCUGCUGACCCAAGAGAAAGCGCAUGAGCGUUUCCGCACCUACACAGCUCCCUCGCUCGCCCAGCAAUGAGACCUCGCUGCCUUCCUCCCUGUCCAUGCGUUUGUGUUUGUUUAUGUAUAUAUAUGAAUGUAUUUUGUACAGCUUCUUCCAACUAAACUCCAUUCUUCUCUUUGUGCCCCCCCCCCAAAAAAAAAUCCCUGACCCAGUACCUCCUUCAGCCUUGCUUUCCUCCAAUAAAUGGUGUGUGCUGGAGCUCUGCUGCUUCUCUGUUUUAAGCACUGGGUCUGAAAGUUAUGGGGAAAAGUGGAGGUUUGUUUCAUCUGUUGGGGCUGAGAAGGUAGCACAGUAAAUUUAUAACAACAGGUUGAAAGCAAUGGGGAAUGGUACACAGCUCUUCAUCUUCCAUCCAUCCUCAGUGCUCAAAGAAUGGAUGGUUGUUGAAAGAGAAUUGUCAAGGCAGUAACUCAAAAGUUUUGUGUAUUAUUAGUUUUAUAUCUUGCAGCCAUGUCAAGAAAGGGCUGGUCUGUAGUUAUUAAGUGUAAAUACUCUGCUAAAAGCUCUUGUGAAUCCAAAGUUACCUGUCUCUUCUCAGCAGGGCUGCCCCUUCUGCGGUCAUGCUGCCUUCAGAGGACCUCUUCUGCUAAAAGAAAUUCCUGUUGUCUUUUGUAGUGGGUUUGUUGGGGAGAUUCACAGACACCUCUAGGGCAACAUAGCUUCUCAACCUUUGGCCUUCAACCUGUUUUGGGUUG